AUGUUUACCGUGUCCGGAAGUGCCGUGGCUCUUUGGCCAGGCUGGACGUUUUAUCCUGAAAUCUCACUCUCUAGUUGGUAUUGUAUUGAAGUUAACCCACAUUUCGCAAAUUAUUUAACUCGACUACGACUAAAAACAUUAGUUUGACGUACAACGUACACUUAAGGAGCGUCGUAGCUCAAAACUGACGAUACAAAGUGCUCAUUUAACCGGCUUGCUAAACUAGCUUACAGGCUAAGAGGACUGACAGCUGACUGUAUGCUGUUUCCCUGUUUACAAUUCAUUUAAUAGAUUUAGCAAGUUUGAACGAAAGACUGGGUUACAACCAGAAGCCGCCUGGUCAUGGUCUUCACCACACCACCAGUUUCAGGGUCGAGAUGACAGAGAGGUUUUUGUUUUUGUGGACAUAAUUGAAGUGGUCGAGUGUGAAGAUUAAACAUGGAAGAUAAAUACAGCAGCAACGUGCUGUCAGGAGGGAAGCUGGGCAUGGUGGAAGUACCCAACUCUAGGUUAACAAGAUAUAUAGUUUUACUCAUUAUUACGAAGAUCCUAAAGGCCCUGGGGAUCUUUGAAUCUUAUGAUAUCCUCAAAGUGGUUCACAUUGUGCAGUUCAUCUUCAUACUUAAAUUAGGGAGUGCUGUUAUUCUGCUUUUCUUUCAAAAGCCUUUCUCCUCAGGAAAAGCCAUUUCAAAAAGACAGUGGAUAAAGUUACUAAAGCAUGCUGUUUUCAGCUGCAUCAUCUCCCUCCUGGGCUUCUUUGGCCUGACCCUCUGUGGCCCUCUAAGGACGCUGUUACUUUUUGAGCACAGUGAUGUGGUGGUUCUUGCCCUCCUCGGGGUUCUGUUCACCAGCUCAGGAGGAGGACCAUCCAAGACUCGAGGAGCGGCGUUAUUCAUCAUCGCUGUGAUCUGCCUUCUGCUCUUUGACAAUGAUGAUCUCAUGGCAAAGAUGGCUGAGCACCCUGAGGGACACCAUGACAGUGCGCUCACUCACUUCCUCUACACUGCCAUUGCAUUUUUAGGGGUUGCAGAUCAUAAAGGUGGUGUAGUGCUGUUGGUGGUCUCCCUGUGCCUGAAGGUGGGCUUCCACACCGCCUCCAGGAAACUAUCUGUUGAACUCGGCGGUGCAAAACGCCUCUAUGCCUUAGACAACCUGGUGUCUGCUGUGGUGCUGCUGCCCUGGGUCAUCGUGCUAUCAGCAACAACAGAUAGUAAAGUAGAAUCCUGGUCGUCACUUGUCCUGCCGUUCGGGAUGAUCAUCUUCUCUGUAAUGAUCCUGGAGUUUUACGUUGAGGCCAUCUGCAGCGCUAAGAUGGAGGCGCCGAGGUGUGCCCGCUACGGCGCCAUCUCCCUCUUCCUUAGUGCCCUCCUGCUGGCUAACUUCUGGACUCACCCGCUGACCGACCAGCUGCGCUCCAUGAGCAUACCCCAGCAGGUCAGCACAGAGCACGUGCUCUCUGGAGGAGUGAUCGUCAGCGCCGUCUUCUUUAUCAUGUCAUCCAGCAUCCUCUCAUCUCCGUCUAGAAAAGGUCAGAAGGGCACCUUGGUGGGAUAUUCACCUGAAGGGACCCCUCUGUACAACUUCAUGGGCGACGCCCUACAGCACACGUCACAGUCCCUCCCUCGGUUCAUCAAAGAGUCCCUGAAACAGAUCCUGGAGGAAUACGACUCCAGACAGAUCUUCUACUUCCUGUGUCUCAAUCUGGCGUUCACGUUUGUCGAGCUGUUUUAUGGCGUUUGGACCAACAGUCUGGGUUUGAUCUCUGACGGCUUCCACAUGCUGUUUGACUGCUCCGCUUUAGUCCUGGGUUUGUUUGCUGCUCUAAUGACGCGCUGGAAAGCCACCAGGAUCUUCUCCUACGGGUUUGGUCGUGUUGAGAUACUCUCUGGAUUCAUUAAUGGCUUGUUCCUGAUGGUCAUCGCUUUCUUUGUUUUUGUGGAGUCAGUCACACGUGUGUUGGAUCCUCCGAAUAUAAACACUGACAUGUUGACUCCGGUGUCUGUCGGAGGCUUACUGGUCAACCUGGUCGGUAUCUGCGCUUUCAGUCACGCUCACUCCCACGGCAGCAACAAAAGCUGCUCCUCGCAUGACCACGGCCACUCACACCACGGCCACUCCCACAGCGAACACAGCCACGGGGGUCACGGACACUCCCACGGCGGACACGGACACAGCAGUCAUGGGCAUGGUGGACAUGGGCACUCCCAUGGCUCGGGAGGUGGAGGCAUGAACGCUAACAUGAGAGGUGUUUUCCUGCAUGUACUUGCUGAUACGUUGGGCAGCGUCGGAGUCAUCAUCUCCACCAUCCUCAUCCGUCAGUUUGGCUGGUUGAUCGCUGACCCCAUCUGUUCGCUCUUCAUCGCCACGCUCAUUUUUCUCAGCGUCAUCCCUCUGCUGAAGGACGCCUGUGAGGUUCUUCUUCUGCGAGCCCCCCCAGAAAAUGAGAAGGAGCUGAACAGUGCGCUGGAAAAGAUUGAGAAGAUUGAAGGAGUUUUGUCGUUCCGGGAUCCUCAUUUCUGGAGACAUUCAGCCAACGUGAUCGCAGGGACCAUCCACCUCCAGAUCAUGUCAGACGUGGUGGAGCAGAGGAUCAUACAGCAGGUGACAACCAUUUUGAAAGACGCCGGGGUGAAUAAUUUGUCGGUGCAGGUGGAGAAGGAGGCGUACUUUCAGCACAUGUCUGGACUCAGCACAGGAUUUCAUGAAGUUCUUGCGAUGACUCAGCAGAUGGAGUCCAUGAAAGACCUGAAAGAUGGGACGUGUAUCAUGUGAAGAACAUUUUUUGGGACCAAAUGAAACUCGACAUUCAGACUCUUUUGCAUUGAAAUGUACAGUAUAUGUGUGUAUGUGGUUCUAAUAAAUCUGAAUAUAUUGGUUUUA